CCCGACAGCGAGCACCGAGUCACCAAGCUCGACAGCGGGCACCGAGUCAUCUGGCACGACAGCGGGCACCUAGUCAUCUGGCACGACAGCAGGCACCGAGUCACCAAGCUCGACAGCAGGCACCGAGUCACCAAGCUCGACAGCGGGCACCGAGUCUUCUGGUAUGACAGCGGGCACCAAGUCAUCUGGCACGACAGCGGGCACCGAGUCACCAGGCCGGACCACGGGCACCAAGGCACCAGGCAGGACCGGGCUGGAUCGGGUCAUCGGGCUGGAUCACGAACACCGGGUCAUCAGGCAGGAUCG